AUGCCGGAGUUCAAUAUCGUCGUUUUCGGAGGUAUGGAGUGUAUCAAAUCCCCCUGUUGCUCACCAGAAGUUUAUGCUGACAACACCCAGAUCCUCCGCGUCGUCCAAACCCACGCCAAAGACAUCAAAUUCAACUUCCAAGAACACCUCCUCGGCGGCGCCUCCAUCGACGCCCACGGCACCCCACUAACAGACGCCGCCCUCACCGCAGCCAAAGCCGCCGACGCCGUGCUCCUAGGCGCCAUCGGCGGGCCAAAAUGGGGCACCGGCGCCGUCCGGCCGGAGCAAGGGAUCCUCAAGUUGCGCAAAGAAAUGGGCACCUUUGGCAACCUGCGGCCGUGCUUCUUCGCGUCGGAGAGUCUGGUGGAGAACUCUCCGCUCAAGGACGCGGUGUGCCGCGGCACGAAUUUCAUGAUUGUGCGCGAGCUCACCGGGGGGAUUUAUUUUGGGGAGAGGAAGGAGGAUGACGGGAGUGGGUUUGCGCUUGACACGGAGCCGUAUUCGCGCGAGGAGAUUGAGCGCGUCACGCGGCUGGCGGCGUACCUUGCGCUGGCGGAGGAUCCGCCGCUGCCCGUUUGGUCGCUCGACAAGGCGAACGUGAUGGCCACGUCACGACUGUGGCGGAAAACAGUGACGCAAGUGAUUACAGAGGAGUUCCCGCAGCUCAAGCUAGGACACCACCUCAUCGACUCGGCGGCAAUGCUGAUGGUGAAGAACCCGCGCGCCCUCAACGGCGUCAUCGUCACCUCCAACUUGUUCGGCGACAUCAUCAGCGACGAAGCGUCCGUCAUCCCAGGCAGUCUCGGCCUCUUGCCAUCAGCCUCCCUCUCCUCCCUCCCGGACGGCAAGGGCAAGUGCAACGGCAUCUACGAGCCAAUCCACGGCUCCGCGCCGGACAUCAGCGGCAAGGGGAUUGUGAAUCCCGUUGCAAUGUUGCUGUCUGUGGGUAUGAUGCUCAAGUACUCGCUGGGGCGCGCGGAUUUGUGUCAGCAGGUUGAGGAGGCGGUCAAGGCGGUUAUUGACAAGGGGAUCCGCACGACGGAUAUUGGGGGCUCGGCUACUACGGUGGAGGUUGGGGAUGCGGUUGCCAAGGAGCUCGAGGGGAUUCUGGCGCGGUGAGCGCAGGCCGUUCGACCUCCGGCGUAGUGAGUGCUUCGGUGAGAUAGAUAGACGUGAAUCGCACGGGAAUCAAAACUCAAGAUAAUCUGCUUUUCCGAUUGCGCGCCGUAUUAAGCUAUCUCAAU